AUGUCUAGCCCUGCUAAAAAGCGCAAGCGAAAUGGCGCUGAAGCUUCUCCUCAAAAAACUCGCAGCAUAGCGUCCUUCUUCCAAGGGCAACCGAAGCAGGCGCCGAAGAUCAGCCCGGGGCUUGAGCCUGGGCCCAAACCCGAGAUCACAGAGCAAACGCUGUCGGAUGAAGCUUUAGCGCGCAAACUCCAGGCCGAAUGGGAUCAAGAGGAUCAUGCACAGCCAUCUAGUGCAAAUGAUCCCAAUGAUGCUUUGUGUAAACCAGAACCAGAGACAGCGCCUUCAGCUCCAGCGCCCACCGAGAUAGCUCAAGACACACCAGUGGCACCUAAGAAGAACACAUUAUCACUCCAGUCAUCGUCAGGUACAGAGGAUACAGUUUCACUUUCAGUGCCUUUUGAUCAAAAUCCACAGACAUUUGAUGUCCACAAAUAUGCAUCUGAGCUGCGACCGCACUGGGCAGCUGAGGGCGGCGAUGCUACCUAUGCGUUGAUCACUAGAGCAUUUGUCCUCGCCAAUGCAACGACCAGCCGUAUAAAAAUCGUCGAUACGUUGGUGAAUUUCCUCCGGGUUUUGAUUGAAGGGGACCCGGACAGCCUUCUUCCUGCAGUGUGGCUAGCAACGAACUCGACAGCGCCGCCUUAUGAGGAAUUAGAGCUGGGUCUAGGAGGUUCAUCAAUAUCAAAGGCACUCAAAAAGAUCUAUGGCUUGGAUAAUCAAGGGCUGAAGGCCCUCUACGACCGACACGGUGAUGCAGGCGAUGUUGCGUUCGAAGCCAAGAAACGCCAGGCAUUCACGUUAAUCAAGCCAAAGCCGCUCAAGAUAAAGGGUGUUUAUCAAUCACUCUUGAAAAUCGCCACAAGUAAAGGCCCAGGCAGCCAAGAAACAAAACAGCGAAUUGUCGAGAAGCUUUUGCAGGAUACUCGUGGUGCCGAGGAGAGCCGUUACAUUGUGCGAACUCUCGUGCAAAAUCUGCGGAUCGGUGCUGUGAAAACUACAAUGCUCAUUGCCCUUGCACGCGCCUUCUUGUAUUCCAAGCCGAGCGGAGCGGAAUUUUCGGUACGAUCGCCGUUCGACCUAGGGCGACUGAAGAAAGACGAACUUUCUGAGAUGUAUUCUAAUGCGGAGGAAAUCGUCAAAGCGUCUUACGCUAGACAUCCCAGCUACAGUGACCUUGUUCCAUGUCUUCUCGAGAUUGGAGUUACAGAAGAACUACUCAUUCGAUGCGGCUUGCAGUUGCAUGUCCCACUGAGGCCUAUGCUGGGAAGCAUCACUCGCGAUCUAUCAGACAUGUUGACCAAGUUGCAAGGACGUGAUUUCAGCUGCGAGUAUAAAUACGAUGGCCAGCGCGCUCAAGUGCACUGUGAUGAACGAGGGAAAGUAUCGAUUUUUUCUCGUCACCUUGAACUAAUGACGGAGAAGUAUCCUGACCUUGUUUCCCUCGUCCCUCAGAUUCGAGGAGAGGGUGUAUCGAGCUUUAUACUGGAGGGCGAAGUGGUGGCCGUAGAGCGAGAUACAGGCAACCUCCAGCCUUUCCAAACUCUGACCAACCGCGCAAAGAAGAACGUCGAAAUCGGAGCAAUCACUGUCAACGUCUGCCUCUUUUCAUUUGAUUUGAUGUACCUCAAUGGAGAACCACUACUGGACCGCUCGUUCCGUGAGCGGCGAGAGUUGCUCCGGAGCCUGUUUGUCGAGAUUCCAAACCAGUUUACUUGGGUAAAGAGUAUCGAUGCGACAUCGGCAGAUUCCGAGACCGUGUUGGAGUUCUUCAAAAGUGCUACAGAAGUCAAGUGCGAAGGCAUCAUGGUCAAAGUUCUGGAUAAUAGCAUCAAACAGCCUCAAGAAAAAGCAGAAGAAGCAGCCUCACUCCAGAGUGAAAAUAUCCAACUGGAGGCCGAAGAAAGCGAGCCUACAGAGGUAUCAGCUGAUACCAAACCCAACAAAGACAAAGGCACCCGACGGAAAGCACUUUUAUCCACCUACGAGCCUGACAAGCGACUCGAGUCAUGGCUGAAAGUAAAGAAAGACUACAGCACUUCUUCCGAAACGUUAGACCUUAUUCCAGUCGCAGGCUGGCACGGCCAGGGCCGCAAAGCAAAAUGGUGGUCGCCCAUUCUAUUAGCAGUACGGAACCCCGAGUCUGGAGCUUUGGAAGCCGUCACGAAGUGCAUGUCAGGGUUCACGGAUAAGUUUUACCAGUCCAAUAAGGACAAAUACGCCGAAGGUAGCGUGAACGUCAUCUCGCGCCCCAGCUAUGUCGAGUAUUAUGGGGAACCAGACAUCUGGUUCGAACCUCAAGAAGUUUGGGAGAUGGCGUUUGCCGACAUCACGCUCAGUCCGACCUAUCCAGCUGCAAUUGGACUGGUGAGUGAGGAACGUGGUUUAAGUCUCCGAUUCCCUCGGUUCCUCAGGGUGCGGGAAGACAAGUCGAUCGAUGAAGCCACCAGUUCUGAUUACUUGGCUCUACUGUGGAGGAAGCAGGCGGAGCGAGCGCAGGUCGAUAAGCAACAAGCUCCUGCUGAAAAAGAUGGUCAAUUGGGAUGGCAAGACGACUAG